GAUUAUUUUCUCCCUUCUCCUAUCAUCCAUUCCUAUAGCGUAGUGUAAAACAUAAACAAGAGUUUGGUUAAAAAUGGCAGUGUUUUGUUGAUUCACAAAUAAUAAAUUCUGUGGUCAAAUAUAUACAAGUAAAAUACAAUCACUAUGUAUUCAAUCAUUUUGUGUAAAAAGUUAGCAAUAUUUGAAUUGAAAUCUAGGCAGGAAUAAAAUCUAAAAUGUGGGUAAUGGGUGAAUUAUUUCUCCCUUACGGAUUCACAAGUUUCUUUUGUGCGGUGUUAUUGUGUAUCAUUAGUUUUUAUAUAUUCAAAAGACUAAGUGGAGAUGGACCAAUUAUUGUUAGUAGGACCCUACAGGGACAUAGUUGGAGUUCUGUAAAAAUUACUGCAAAGACAUGGUAUUGUUCUAUAUGUGAAACUUUGUUACUUAAUGGAACUGGAGUAUACUGUGAUUGUUGUGGCGUAUGCGCUGAUCCAGAUUGUGUGAAAAAGGCUAACUUUGGAUUAAAGUGUAAAGUAAUAUCUAGCAAUGAUCAAAAUCAAUUACAUCAUUGGAUUAAAGGAAAUUUACCUUUUCCUGCCAUCUGUAGUUAUUGUAAUGAAGAAUGUUCAAGAGAUCCUGGAUUAAUAGACUUUAGAUGUUGUUGGUGUCAGAUUACAGUGCACACUGGUUGUUUACAACAUAUUACAAAAGAAUGUGAUUUUGGUAAAUAUAGAAACAUAAUAAUACCUCCGGCUUGUGUACAGACGAUACAACGUAAAGGACCUUUAAAUAAACAUCUCUUGUUAGGAGCUCUUAGGGAUCCCUGCUGGGAUAAAUGGUGUCCACUAAUAAUAGUCGCUAAUAAAAAAUCUGGAAAUGGAGAUGGUGCAUACAUUUUAUCGGAAUUUAGAAAAUAUCUCAACCCAAUACAAGUGAUAGAUUUAAAUGAAAGGAAACCCCUUGCUGCAUUGCAAUUGUGUGUUCUUUUGUCCCCCAAAAAAGUUAAUAUUCUGGUGGCAGGAGGAGAUGGUACUAUUUCUUGGAUGUUAACCACUUCAUAUAAACUAGAUUUGGACCCCGAACCUUCCCUUGCCAUAAUACCAUUGGGUACUGGUAACGAUUUAUCCAGAGUGUUAGGAUGGGGCAAUGCAUAUCCUACAGAAAUCGACGUUGAGGCGGUUAUGAAAAAUAUAAGUGAGGCCAGUACUUCGGAACUCGACAGGUGGAAAUUGGAGGUUAUCUCAAAUAGACAUUUGGGAUUAAAAUUACAAAAUAAAACAUAUUUUAUGUACAAUUAUUUGAGCAUUGGAGUAGACGCUCAAGUGGCGUUAAAUUUUCAUAGGACAAGGGAGAGUGGUUUCUAUAUCUAUGGAAGCAGACUGAUCAAUAAGAUGCUGUAUGUUACAUUUGGCACCCAGCAAGCUGUAACAUCAGAAUGUAAACAUUUGGAACGACGGCUAGAUUUGUAUCUUGAUGGUCGGCUAGUAGAAUUACCAGAAUUGGAAUCUGUGGUUGUAUUGAAUAUCUCUUCAUGGGGAGCAGGAGUGAAUUUGUGGGGUAUGUGUGUUGAUGUUUGUUCAGAAAAUACAUUGCAAUCGUAUAAUGAUGGUAUUUUAGAAGUUGUUGGCAUUUAUUCUUCAUUUCAUAUGGCCCAACUACAAGUAGGAAUUUCAGCACCGUUAAGAUUAGGGCAAGCUAAAGUUGUGGAAAUUCACUUGAAACAAAAAGCUCCAAUGCAAGUAGAUGGUGAACCUUGGGAACAACAGCCUGGUAAAUUAAAAGUAUCAUUUGUCAACCGAUGUCCUGUUUUUGUCAAUCAAAUCUGAUCUAUAACUUAGUCUAGCCACAUUAGUAGUGUUAUAUGAAUCCUACACUUUGAAAUAUAAAUUUGUUGAUUAUG